AUGGUUUACGAAACUUUCAACGAGUUUAGAAGUGAUACUUUCACUGUUCCAAGUAAAGAGAUGUUGGAGUCCGCUACACAGUGUUCUGUUGGUGAUUCCGUGUAUAAGGAGGAUGCAGAUACGUUGGAGUUGGAAGAAUAUGUUUCUCAUCUCGCGGGAAAAAAAGCUGGACUUUUUUGUUGCUCUGGUACUAUGUCCAAUCAGAUUGCCUUGAGAACUCAUUUGUUCCAACCUCCUCAUCGUAUCCUUUGUGAUUACAGGUCGCAUGUUUUCUCUCAUGAAGCUGGUGGUUUGGCUACUCUUUCUCAGGCUAUGGUGACUCCAGUGAUUCCUUCUAAUGGUUUGUACCUUACUUUGGAUGAUAUUGUUGAGAACUUUAUUCCUGAUGAUGGUGACAUUCACAUGGCUCCAACCAAGGUGAUCUCUUUGGAGAACACUUUGAGUGGAAUUAUUUUCCCUGUUGAAGAACUUGAGAGGAUUUCUCAUUGGUGCCAUAAAAAUGGUAUUAAGCUUCAUUGUGAUGGUGCUCGUCUUUGGAAUGCUGCUGCAGAAACUGGGGUUUCCCUUGGUGACUAUUGCAAGUUUUUUGACUCGGUUUCUUUAUGCUUGUCUAAAUCAUUGGGUGCUCCUAUUGGUUCUGUCUUGGUUGGUAGCCGGCAGUUUAUUGAGAAGGCUAACCAUUUCAAAAAACAGAAUGGUGGUGGUCUCAGACAGUGUGGUAUGUUGUCUAGAAUGGGUUUAAUUGCUGUUAAAGAGAAUUACUCCAAAUUGGCCGAGACCCAUAAAUGGGCUAAAGACUUUGGCCAUUGGUGUGGACAGAAUGGCAUCGCUUUGGAAGUGCCAGUUAUGACCAAUUUCGUAUUUUUGGACCCUAAGAAGGUCAAGUUAAACCCUACUGUGUUUCAUGAUUGUUCGAAGAAGUUUAAUGUGAAAGCCAUGGGCGAUCGUAUUGCUUUCCAUUUUCAGAACACGCCUGAGGCAAUUGAAAAUUUGAAGAAGGCCUUACUUGAAGCUUAUAAGGAUUCUUUGGUGAAUCCAUACACAUACAAGGGAGUUCCAAGACUGUACAGAGCCAGCUCGAGCAGUUCUGAAUCAACUAUGGUGGCCGACCACGAGAAACUAUCAACGAAGGUGCUUUAA